UUACACGCCGGUUUUAAGAAAAGAGGCGUACGGAUGUGAUCACGUGUCGAAUGUAAAAUCUAUUCUCAGACUUAAAUAAAUUCGUAAUUUCUUUGAAUAAUUAACGGUCAUGACAAAUAUAAACUGUUGCGUUUGUGGAAAAGACGUUGCGCCUUAUAAAUGUCCGAAAUGCAGACAACCUUACUGCUCCGUCGCAUGUUGCAAAAAUCACAAGAUUCAACCCUGCACGUCUCCGGAACUACCUGACAAAUCCCAAGAACAACGUGUCGCUGAACAAAAUUACAAUUUUCCGACAGAGGAUACCGUACCUCAAGAAAAGCUGCAACAGUUGCGUCAUAGCGAAGAUCUGAAAGAAUGCUUGAAAAAUCCUCACGUGCGUGACAUUAUGAGAGGAAUUCUGAAUAGUUCAAAUCCUACUGAGGCUAUAGCAUUAGCUAUGACCGAGCCGAUAUUUGUGGAAAUGGCCGAUAUCUGUUUAAAGAUCGUAGAACCGUUGGAUGAGUACAAUUCACAUUGAGUGACCUUCGAGUCUGCAUUUGUGUACUGGAUGAAACUGUGAUGUGUCAAAAAAGACGUUCUGCUUUAAGAUGUAAGUUCUGUAAAUAUAUUUUCACAUACAUUGCAGAUUGUAUAAAAAUAUUGACUUGUGUACAUAGAAAUCCAUGUUUUUUCUUAGUAAAUGUACAAAUGAACAAAUAUUAAGAAAAUAGGUAAAAAAUUAUGAGAAUUGUACAAAGAUUUUAUUAUAUUUUCAUACAAAUAAAAAUUAAGCAAGCGUUUUAACAAGAUGAUAAAAUGAAGGAUAUGAAUCUCCCUUGUCUGAUUUUUUUUUCUAGAGAUUAUAUAUCAGGUGAUUAUAUAUUCAUGUAUGUAUAAGUUCUAUAUUAAGUUAUCGGUGCA